CAUCGGUGGAGGGAAAUUAGGUCAUCUUUCUUUUACAGAGCUUAACACUAAACGAAGAAGACGACUCACUUCAAUCCAAGUUCAAAGCAAAUCGUAAACGAAAUGGUAGGUUUCAUUCUUUCGCCGCACAAAGUCUCCGUUUGUGUCCUCCUCCAGAUGUACGCACCUCCCGCUCAAUCAUCUGUUCCCUUUCCAUUCUCCUCCGUCUCCAACCACAAUCGUCUCGGCUUGUUUCUAUUGUCACUCAUCAAGUCGCGCGAUGGUGUUUUCGAGCCGAGGUUAGAGGAACUUAUUGCACAAUUGAAGGAAAUUGGAGGUCAUCUUAAUGACUGGUUUUGUGAAAAUUUAACGCGGAGGCUUUUGUCAUUUUCGUCUCCUGAUGACUUGUUUAACUUCUUCAGUGAUAUGUUAGAUUUCCUUGGAGGAACAGAAUCAAGUGUGGAUGAUGAUCAAAUUAUAUUGGAUCCUAAUUGUGAACUUGGAUUAUUUCUUCGGCGUUGCAUACUUGAAUUUAAUAAGUUGUCGUUUGAGGGUGUGUGCCAUCUUAUAACAACUAUUACAACGUAUUGUAAAGAUGCACUUUCCGAGUGUGAGUUAUAUGAGUCCCCCCGAUUACAGGAUUCUCGUAUGGAUCAAGAUCUAUCAUCAGGAUAUGAGAACAUGGACUUGGAGAAAUUUUCUUUUGGAGAAGUUACUGCAGAAAUUGAAGAAAGAAAAAAAUCCAAUGAAAGAGGGCUAUUCCAUAGUCAUGCGCCUAAAGCACUUGGAGGAUGCCUUGAAGAUAGAAGUGAUUUAAAACCCUUUAAGGUCUCCUCUGACUUAAAAGUGAAACACAACCAUAAACAUACCGAAGAUCCUUUAGAUGCUAUAUCAAAGUGUAUGGGCUCUAGUGGAUACCAUUUACGCACAACCUUGCAGAUACAAGGAUACUUACGCGAGCAAGCUGACGCUAUUGAAAAGAAUGGUCGUUCCUUUCCUUUGGAAGAGUUUGAAUCCAUCUUGACCCAGUUGCAAAAGUUGGCCCCCGAGCUACAUCGGGUUCACUUCUUGCGGUACUUGAAUAGCCUUUAUAAUGAUGACUAUCCAUCUGCCUUGGAGAAUCUUCAUCGCUACUUUGAUUACAGUGCAGGGACCGAAGGACUAGAUGUCCCACUUUUGUCUGGAACUGAUCUUGGAAAAUAUGAAAUCGCUUUAUUGUUUUUGGGAAUGAUGCAUUUCCACUUUGGUCACCCUAGGCAAUCUUUGGAGGUAUUAACUGAAGCAGUCCGUGUUUGUCAACAUCAUGGUGAUGAUACCUGUUUGGCUUAUACGCUAGCGGCCAUUUGUAACCUUUUGGCUGAAUUUGGAAUCUCUGACACAUCUGGAAUUCUUGGAUCAUCAUAUUCGCCUGUAAUUAAUCUAGGUUCUCAUCUGGCCGUUCAGCAAAAAUUGUUGGUGCUUUUGAGACAAUCAAUAAAUAGAGCAGGAAAUCUGAAGUUAACGCGGCUAGUGGCCUGCAAUCAUACUGCUAUGGCAAAAUUUGAAUUAAUGCAUGUCCAAAGACCUUUACUCUCUUUUGGUCCAAAAUACUCCUUGAAAUGCAAAACAUGCCCCAUAAAUGUUUGCAAGGAACUGCGACAAACCCAUCAUCUGAUGAGUGACUUUAGCGGAGAAAAUUCUGGAAUGAUAAACGAUGUUUCUUCUAGUACCUAUUGGUUAAAAAAAUAUCGAAAGCCUUUUGAUUCACUAAUUUCCACCCAAGAAAAUGAAUCAGAGAUGAAACUAGAUGCUUUCAAUUUCUCUAUCCCACAAGAUUCUCUACCUAAGUCAGUGCUGCAAGUAGUUGGUUCUUCGUACCUAGUUCGAGCAACAGCAUGGGAAAUAUAUGGAAGUGCUCCUUUAGCUCGAAUAAAUGCGCUGGUCCAUACAACAUGCUUUGCUGAUUCAUCAAGCACUGCUGAUGCAGCAUCAGCAUAUGCAAAGCUUGUUCAACAUCUUUCCAUUUUUAAAGGUUACAAAGAAGCACUUGCUGCUCUAAGAAUUGCUGAAGAGAAGUUUUUGUCAGUCUCUAAGUCUCGAAUUUUGCUGCUCAAAUUGCAGUUGCUUCAUGAACAAGCUUUACACAGAGGGCAUCUAAAAUUAGCUCAACAGUUAUGUGACGAACUUGGAGUUCUGGCUUCUUCGGUGAAUGGUGUUGACAUGGAACUGAAGGUGGAAGCUAGGAUUCGCUAUUCUCGGACAUUGCUUGCUGCUAACCAGUUUGGCCAGGCUGCUUCUACAGCACAUUCUCUCUUCUGCAUGUGUUACAAAUUCAAUAUGCAGGUCGAAAAUGCCAGGGUUCUUUUGUUGCUAGCAGAGAUCCACAAGAGAUCAGGAAGAGCUGUUCUAGGAAUUCCCUAUGCUUUGGCCAGCCUCACAUUUUCCCAGUCACUUAACCUGGAUCUACUUAAAGUCUCUGCUAAGCUCACACUGGCUGAGUUGUUGCUCUUGCUUGGACCAAACCAUUCAAAACGGGCUUCAAAUAUAAUACAUAGUGCUCUUCCUGUUAUCCUAGGUCAUGGAGGUUUAGAGCUUCGAUCUAGGGCUUUUAUUGCAGAAUCAAAAUGCUACCUUUCAGACCCAGGGUUUUCAGUUAUUGAUGAUCCUGAGAUGGUUCUGGAUCCCCUAAGACAAGCAGCCGAAGAACUAGAGUUCUUAGAGUAUCAUGAAUUAGCAGCAGAAGCUUACUACUUGAUGGCAAAUAUAUAUGACAAGUUGAAAUUAUUUGAGGCAAGAGAAGAAGCUGCUUCUUCAUUCAGAAACCACAUUAUGGCUCUUCAAACUGACCAUAAACAAAGCAUAUAGAAUACUUUUUUAUUUUUAUUUUUUGUAAGUACUUUGUCACUUUUUGGAUUGUGAGUAAUAUUUUUUUAUAAUUAAAUAUAAUAUGAUAUAUUAAUAACAUUG